GCGAAAAAACCUAGGGUUUUAUCCUCGCUUCAGUAGCCGCAAGAGCUUCUGCUUCUCUCUCUCGACCGCCGUUCUCAGGAGGAGAAGAAUGUCGCACCGGAAGUUUGAGCAUCCCAGGCAUGGUUCUCUUGGAUUUUUGCCAAGGAAGCGGGCUGCUCGUCAUAGGGGAAAAGUGAAGGCUUUUCCUAAGGAUGACCCAAGCAAGCCUUGCAGGCUGACUGCCUUUUUGGGUUACAAAGCUGGGAUGACCCACAUUGUCAGGGAGGUUGAAAAACCUGGAUCAAAGCUUCACAAGAAGGAGACAUGUGAAGCUGUUACAAUUAUUGAGACUCCUCCUAUGGUCAUUGUUGGAGUGGUGGCUUAUGUUAAGACUCCACGUGGCCUUCGUUCUCUGAACACAGUUUGGGCUCAGCACCUGAGUGAGGAGGUGAAGCGUAGGUUCUAUAAGAACUGGUGCAAAUCCAAGAAGAAGGCUUUCACCAAGUACUCCAAGCAGUAUGAGACUGAAGAAGGGAAGAAAAGCAUCCAAGCACAACUAGAGAAAAUGAAAAAAUAUGCUUCUGUCAUUCGGGUUUUGGCUCACACUCAGAUUAGGAAGAUGAAGGGAUUGAAGCAGAAGAAAGCACACUUGAUGGAGAUCCAGGUCAAUGGUGGAACCAUUGCUCAAAAAGUGGAUUAUGCUUAUGGUUUCUUUGAGAAACAAGUCCCUGUGGAUGCCAUUUUCCAGAAGGAUGAGAUGAUUGACAUCAUUGGUGUGACUAAAGGUAAGGGUUAUGAAGGUGUCGUCACCCGUUGGGGUGUCACCCGCCUUCCCCGUAAGACUCACAGGGGUUUGAGGAAGGUGGCAUGUAUUGGUGCUUGGCAUCCUGCUAGAGUUUCAUUCACAGUUGCCAGGGCUGGUCAGAAUGGAUACCACCAUCGUACUGAAAUGAACAAGAAGAUUUACAAGCUUGGCAAGAUUGAGCAGGAGUCUCACACUGCCCUCACUGAGUUUGACAGGACCGAGAAAGAUAUAACUCCGAUGGGUGGUUUCCCUCACUAUGGUGUGGUGAAGGAUGAUUAUGUGAUGAUCAAGGGUUGCUGUGUUGGGCCUAAGAAGAGAGUUGUUACACUUCGUCAGUCUCUGCUCAAGCAGACAUCUCGUGUGGCCCUCGAGGAGAUCAAGCUCAAGUUCAUCGAUACUUCCUCAAAGUUUGGGCAUGGACGUUUCCAGACUACACAAGAGAAGCAGAAGUUCUAUGGACGGAUGAAAGCAUAAUUUUGCAUUUCUUUGGUGAAUUUUGGACCAUUGCUGCAAAUUGGGUGAUUGUGGUUUCUUUUGCAAUGAAAUUUUCCUUCUAGUCUAUAAUCAUUAAGACAUUACAGUUAAUAUUCCGAGUGUCUGAAGCGUUGAGAGGAUUUGAGCAGUCUUGGUUUUGCACAAUUUUUGUUUCUUUUCGAAGAGAUAUUAUGAACUGCUAGUUAUUCAGAAUUUCUUUCAUAAUUCUGUCUUUUGGUC